GACAAAACAGUGCUCAGAAAAGUUGAGCUGACACACAUUACGUGCCACCUCGAAACAUCUCCAAACAAAAUCCACUUAUUUCAGUCUCUUUGUUUUAUAGGAGGUCAAUUACAUUUGGGAAGUUGUAAGUUCCGGUUCUGUCUUGGAUUGUGAAGAGAGAGAUAGAGAAGUGAGAGAGAUCAAAGGAAGAAAGAUGUUGGAAGGUAAAGGAAUGGUAAAGGAGACAGAUAUGGCUGAUAAGAAGAUGCAGAUGCAAGCCAUGGCUUGUGCUUCUGAAGCUCUUGAUCUCCAUGAUGUUAUUGAUUGCAUCUCUAUUGCUGCCCACAUCAAAAAGGAGUUUGAUAAGAUGUAUGGGAGUGGGUGGCAAUGUGUUGUGGGAUCCAACUUUGGUUGCUUCUUCACACACACACCAGGGACUUUCAUAUAUUUCUCUUUGGAGACCCUUAAUUUCCUUAUUUUCAAGGGAAAAACGAAAUCUUUCCAGUUGAAACGGAUGUUCGAGUUCCAAGCUGGGAGACAUCUACCGGAUUUGGUAUUCGAUCAUGAUGUGAAUGAGGAUGAACAAUUGUUAAGUGCUGCUGCAGAAGAGCCCCCAUCACCUCAAGCCGAAAAGAUUGCAACUCCUAAAUGCAACGGGCCAUCAGAUAUGGAAUUGAUGAAGGAAAGGUUUUCGAAGCUGCUUUUGGGUGAAGACAUGUCAGGUGGUGGAAAGGGUGUAUCUUCAGCUUUGGCUUUAUCAAAUGCCAUAACAAAUCUAGCAGCAUCUGUUUUUGGAGAAACAAGGAAGCUAGAGCCCAUGUCUCCUGAUAGGAAAGCGAGAUGGGUGAAAGAAAUUGGCUGGCUUCUGUCUGUGACUGAUCACAUUGUUGAAUUUGUCCCUUCACAACAAAAUGGAACAAACAUGGAGAUAAUGGUGACUCAACAAAGGAAGGAUCUGCAUAUGGACAUCCCUGCCUUACGCAAGCUCGACGCCAUGCUUCUUGGACACCUGGAGAGUUUUGCAAACCCAAGUGAGUUCUGGUAUGUGAAAAGAGAUGCCCAAGAUGAUGAGAAAAGUAGCAAACCAAAUAGAAAUGAUGAAAAAUGGUGGUUACCAACUGUCAAAGUACCAUCAGAAGGUUUAUCGGAUGAGUGUCGAAAAUGGCUGCAGUUUCAGAAGGAGUCUGUCAACCAGGUACUAAAAGCAGCAAUGGCAAUCAAUGCUCAAGUACUAUCAGAAAUGGAGGUACCUGAGAACUACAUUGAAUCCCUUCCCAAGAAUGGUAGAGCUAGCUUGGGUGAUACAAUCUACAAGAGCAUAACUGAGGAACAGUUUGACCCUCUAGAAUUCCUAAUGAGCAUGGACUUGUCCUCAGAGCACAAAGUGCUCGACCUCAAAGACAGGAUUGAGGCCUCCAUUGUGAUUUGGAAGAGGAAGAUUAGCCACAAGGAUGGCAAGUCUUCAUGGAGUUCUGGGGUGAGUUUCGAGAAGAGGGAACGAUUUGAAGAGAGAGCAGAGACUGUCUUACUCAUAAUCAAACAGAAGUUCCCAGGAAUUCCCCAAUCUGCACUUGACAUAAGUAAAAUCCAAUACAAUAAGGAUGUCGGGUAUGCUAUCCUGGAGAGCUAUUCAAGGGUAAUAGAAAGCUUGGCUUUUAAUGUCAUGUCGAUGAUAGAUGAUGUCCUUUAUGCUGAUAAGAAAACGCGAGCGGAGAAAGCAAACAGGAGGCUUUCAGUGGAUUCAUUUGCCUCAGAAGAUCCUGACAGGUUGAGUUGCACAGGGACACCGAGUUCAAAGACAUUGUUUGAGUUCAUGGGAUGGAAUCAAGAUCUAGAUACGGAGAACUUUGCGGAGAAGAAUAACAAGGAGAGUUACUACAAAGAAGACAGUGAUAAGAUCAUGAGCAAACCACCACCUGCUGUAAGCACCAAGAGGUUUUCAUAUUUAGAAAAGCUCGAGAAGUUGAGUGGUCUAAGAAGUCCAACAGCUCGACAUUGA